UUUACGCCGCUUGUGCCUAGUUCAAAAACGCAGUUUCAACUCUCAUGGCGACUGGCUGGGACCUCCAUGAAUUUAUCUUCAGCCUGGAAGAUCUGGACGAAAAUGAGAAAGAGACAUGCUUCUCGAAACUGGAAAGGCAAGGAUUCGCGGCCCCUAAAAAGCGCCGCGCCUUCCUCGCUCUCGACGACGCCGACCUGCAGGCCGCAGGCAUCAGUCAGUUAAGCACGCGCAAGGUUCUGCGACUGGCACUUGCGGAGAGCGCGGCACAAGCCGGACCGCCGCAGGACUUCCUGCAGAGCUUUAAAGACCUACUUGCAAAAGGCGGCAUUCAACGGCCGGAUGGGGCCACGCUCAAUCGCAUUGUGCAGCACUACUCCAACAGGUUGAUGGUCGCCAGCACCGUGGACACAGCGCUGCAACUGUAUGAGGACGUCCGGAACGUGCCGGGCACAUUCACGGAGCAGCAGAUCAAGACGCAGUGCGGUCUGACCAUCAACGGGCCCUUGUUCCCGAACCUGAGCAGUAGCCUGCUGGGAGCGACAGACGCGGUGGGUUUGCCCCGGGUGCUGAAGAUGCUUGGACGCGACACCUUCGAGGAGAGUGCUUGCCGCCAGCUGUGCGUUGGCAAGCCGGAGGACGUCCCGCUCGUGGAGGCCGAGGUCCUCACGUCCCGGGCGGACCACCAGACCGCGGCCACGGCAUGCCACGGCCCAGGGCUCUACACCGCCAUACUCAUGCCGUACCACCCGACGGCGCUGGUCCUCAUGGCGCCGCUCCCCCUGUGCGCCCUGCUGGCUGGCGUGAAGCGCAUGGUAGUGGCCCUUGAGUACAUCCACGCCAAGGGCUUCGUGCACAUGGACGUUAAGGCCGCCAACAUCUUCGUUGGCACGGACGGCCGGUGGUGGCUUGGCGACUUCGGCUCUACCGUCCGCAAGGACUGGCUGAUUACCUCAACGACCAGCUGGUUUUUGCCGACGCCACCAACGGCAAGCACUCGCGGUGCACCUGAGCUGGACUGGUACAUGCUGGUCGUGGCCAUGGUCAUCGAGGUGCUGCGCUCCCAGGACAUAUCGUGGAAGGAUAAGCUGAUCAGCCAGGAAUUCUGCACACCGUGGGCUCAGCUGGAGGUCACCAUGUGUGACAUUCAGCGGGACGUGCCGGGAAGCAGCGACCUGCUGUCGUACCUGAACGGCCUGCUCAAGCGCGCGGCUGGGUUGAAGCCGGCGGCAGCGGAAGCCGCUGCCGAGGAGGGAGUGGGAGAGAAGGGUGCGGCGGAGAAGGGCGCGGCAUAGGGAGUAGCGGUCCUAAGGUCAUCGUGCUUGUCGACAUCAGGGCGUUUUCCGUGCAGUGUGAGCAUGGCCGUUCAUAGCGGUUGGAACCAUGAGAGAUGCAUGUGUCUGCGCUUGCCAACAGUCAAGCAAUGUAGCCUUCCAUACUACUGAAACCACUCCAGCAGUGCAUUGGUCAAGAUACGGCGCCCUCUGGCUGUGCUCUGGGUGUGCGUUCUCUUGUGGUCCUGGAGUUUGCCAUGUGUGCCCAUGUAGUGAAAAGGGACGGCCAGUCAUGGCUGCCCAUUCGCUGGCGUAAAGGUUCGCCAGCCAUGCGUCCAUUUGCCUGCUGCCGCCUUGCGCGGUGGCUCAGUGUUGCAUUCGCUGCUCGAGGUUGGUUGGAAGGUCAAAGGUUGAGGGUGCAUGAGGGUAGGUGCAUUGCGCCGCUUCAUCAGCAGUGUUGCAUGCCAUGUCGGCCCCUAGUGAAUGUUCACGAUAUAGGGUUAUUGGUCGGGUGGGAAACACGGGGCGCAAGCACACGCGGGUCGGACGCUGUUGGUGCUCCACAGCGGAUGGACACGCUGGGCUGUGGAGCUUCGGCAGCAGCACGCUGCCGGGCACCGGCUGAGACGUGUACGGGCAGCGGAAUGGGGGUGUUUCCAUUGGUUGCACGCAAGUUUUACGCCAAUCUCUUAGUCCACAUGUACGCCAGGACCUGAGAUAUGCCUUUCCAUUGAGCAGCGUGGCGCUCUGGUAGGCCGGACCGACGUGCUCUGAGGGUUUUAGAGGGUAGACAUUUGGUUAUUAAAGCGGCGACGUGGGGGGGGGGGGCACCUGUCCCGUCGUCUGUCAGCUGGACUGGCAGCCUUUAGGUGUGCAACAUUGUCUCGAGUGCAUGGAUUCGGGAUUUGCCUUUGUUCGGAACCCAUUUUGCUUCCGUGCAAUCCGGCGGCACUGCGCCAGCGCCCCCACAACCAUUCCUGUGGCGCUGGUCGCGUGUGAUGCCUGGAGAAGGGGCCACACGAGCGCGCAUGGACUGGUACAGGCGCCUCGCUGUAAACAAACACGUGUACUGGUGUACAUGAAGAGAGCGAUCAGAGUUGGGUCAAGGGCUGGGUCGUGGGCUGCGUGGUCAUGUCAGGGACACGAACGGGACCUGACCGGAGACCCGCCCAUACAUCGGUGAGGGGCAUAUCCAAGGCGUACAGCUUUCAUAUUUCGGCUUAAUGAUUGGCGAUUUCGCCCGCCACUCUCGCUCCUGAUGCAACCUGUGACGACCGUAAGUUAGUGGGCUGGCGGUAUCCCUAGUUGAUGGGCUGCUGUGUGUGACGGUCUGUGCAUUCAGUCCUUCAGUCCUUCCAAAGCAUUCCUGAUUCAGUAUGGUCCCCGUGGGGGGACGCACAGGCGCACUGCUGACGCCCUAUCGGACGCGUUGCGGGGUUGGCAUCUGUUGGCAUGUCCGCAUGUGGAGUGGUGGCGUGCCCCCAGUCGUGCAGUGCAUGUACAAGAGAGGAACCAGAGACUGCACGUUGCAAGAUCCCAUGUUGGUACCGGAGGCACCUG